GCAAUUCAAAAACACUUCAAUUGUAUAAAUAAACUAUUGGUUCUUACAAAUUCCGUCUCCUAAGUUUAUGAGAUGACUCAGAAUACAGAACAAGAAGAGGAACUCGAAGUUUUGCGUGCUAUAUACGAGGAAGAUGAACUUUUUAAUGAACUGAAUGAGACCACUUUUCAAUACAGAUUUGGAGAGUCGGGUGAAAGCAAGUCCUUCCUGCUAGAAGUUCAAUGGACAGAUACAUAUCCAGAAUGCUUACCGUCUAUUAACUUAAAUGCUUUUUACAAUAAACACCUUUCAAAUGAGUUAAAAGACAUUAUUGUUGAAAAAAUUACAAACGAAAUUGUGGAUAGUGUUGGGGCAGCAAUGACGUUUACAAUAUUUAGUUGGGUUGGAGAAAAUUUCGAGUCGUUAAUGGAAGAGCAUAUGGAUCUCGUCAAUACGGAGAAGGAAGAUGCUCUUCUGACAUUGGCACAUCCAGAAGAAGUUAUAGAUAAACCAGUCAAGGAAAAGAAAGUUCAAUUAACAAAGCAACAAAAAAGAAAAUUGGCGGACAGAACAAAUCAUAAAGGGGAACGAGAAAGAGGCUGGAAUUGGGUUGACAUUGUCAAACAUCUCAGCAAGACAGGUGGAAAUUAGAUGGAUGUGGGAAAGGAAGUCAUUCCAAAUCCCUGGUUGGCAUGAUUUUUUGGUGGUUGCAGGCAAAAUAGUAACCAAUUUCUAUCCAGAGGUCUACCAGAGUUUAGCUAGCUUUCCCAAUAGCAAUAAAGAAUUGCAAUAAACACAUUUAGCAUGUCAUCAAAACCACAUCAUGGGUGAUCAAUGAGGAUGACUGCCAUUAGCUUCAACUACACAAUCUAUUACUGUACUCUUAGGGCUGCUUUCCACUGUUGUUGUUUUUGCCUGCAUGUACACACACAUAAAAGCUUAAAACCUUCUAACAUGUUAACUAUAUAAUUAAUCUUUCACUUCACAACAAAAU